AUGCCAAACACACGUGGAGCUGGUCCAGUACGUACGACAGCAGCGUCAAACAGGUCCCCACGUGCACAACGCGCUGCUCGACGAGGGGAGGCAGCGCACCUGCAGGAGCGGCAGCAAGAGGAGCAGACGGGACAGGAGGGUUUGGCGGCGUUGGAGGAGGCGGCGGCUGACGCAGUUGAGGCCGGGGCAGAGGGGGAUGUCGCUGCUGCGGGGUCAGGUUUAACGCAGCGGGGGGAGCAGGGUGCUGCGGUAGAGGCGGAUCCGACGGGGACGGGGCGGGAGGCGCACUCGCCUGCUGCUGUGCGUGCAGCCGCCUCUGACGACGACUCAACCUCGCCCGCUGCGGGGCCGACGGCGCCACCAGCGGACAAGGUUGUGGCUGCGGAGGAGGCGCAUGUGGAGCAUGGGUCGGCUGACUCACCAGCGCCAUUGGUGGCGGUGUCCCCAUCACCUCUCGGGGAGGUGGAGAUUGCGGCGGUCGCAGCUGAGGCAGCGAGGCAACCAGAACAACCCCCGAACGAACCGUUUGCGCCAACUGCCGCUGAGUCCGCUGGAAUGUCUACUGUUGCCGCGGCCGUAAACAUGCGGGAGUGCGGCCAGGCAGCGGAUGGAAUUGAGGGUCCCGUGAUCGGCGUCGCUUCUGGCGCCGCACCGGCAAGGAAGAAGGUGAAGCUACGCGCCCAGCCAACGCCGAGGCGGCCCGGAGCAGGGCUGGGGCCUGGGGCGGCAGCGCUGGCGUACUCCCCGCGAUCCCCGGUGGAGGCAGAGGGGGAAGAGGAGGGACACGCUGUAGGGGAGUUCCACUCCUGGGUGGCGAGGCUGCAAUCGUAA